AAUAUCGCAUCGAAUUCGAAAGGCGAUAUCCAUUGUGUACGCCGAGGGAUUCUUUCUCAGAACGAAAACACUGUAUACCAAACAAGUAUAAUUCAUUUAUUGAAUUCGUUUUGAAGUUGUUUAUUUGCUUGAGUAUGACUAUUUUCAAUUUGAAAAGCUUUCCCAAUGUAUGCCGAUUGUGUUUGCAACCGAAGUCGUCAGCCGAGAUGGUUGGCCUUGACAGUUAUCGCCCACAGAAUGCUUGUACCAUAAGUGAGAUUCUAGAAGAAAUAACUUUCAAAAUUUCUUUUGAAAUAUCUUGCUAUAUGCCCAUGGAAAUUUGCGAGCAAUGUUUGGAUGUUUUGGAAUUCUUUUUCAAAUACAAAAGGAAACUGGACCUAAUUCAACAAUUUUCGAGUACUUUAGCAGAAGUGAAAUCCGGUAACCAAGAACCUUUGCGAACAUUGUUCGAAAACGAGGAGGAACGUUUACAUUUACUGUUCAGAGAUUUGGAUCUUUGUAGUAAAGAAAAUGUUACCGUUGAUGAUUUGCUUGGGGAGUUCUCUGAGUACGACCUUGCUACAACUGUCUGCGUCAAGGUUGAGGACGAUAAUGAAGAUUUAUACGAACUGUGUUUUAGUACUGAACUACUGGGAGAACAAAGUAAUGCGGACGGUGAACAGGAUACCGAGUCGCCUAGUUUCUUAGGUGAAUUUCAAAAAUCUCUAGAAGAUCAACCGACAGAAGUGAAGCCAAUAGAGAUCACAUUUGAACCAGAGAAAUCUGCUAAAUCGGAUUUGGAGGAGGAUCUAAAGUCGGUAUAUACAGUAAUAGAAGAGACAUGCGAUGAUUACGACGAAGAUAAUGAAUGCGACUGGGAUAACGACGAGACGGAUGGACAGCAGCCGGUCAAAAGAAGGCGCCAUCUUCGUUUACCGGAAGAGGAAGCUGAUCUUCAAGAGUGUAAUCUCGAUUGUAAAUUUUGCACUACCUUUCCUUCUCAGUUUGAGAAACACUUAGCUAAAUUGCACACUGAAGCGGUGGAAAUUUUAUCGUGUCAUCGAAAAAGUUGCAAUAGUGAACUGUUCGAUACGGUCGAAUUACUGCGACAGCACAAAAACGAUGCUCACAGCACCCACAUUUGUAUGCUCUGUGGGAAGGUCGUAAAGCAUUUGAUUGCAUUAGAAAAUCAUAUGAAAGGACACGAGAAGGACCGGGAACCAACGAUAAAUUGUACGUUGUGCGACGAAAAAUUUCGAACACAGGUUGAACUGGAGAAACACGCUGUGAAGGUGCACGCGGCAAGAAUUUCUUUCGACUGUCACGAAUGUGGACUGGGUUUCAAACACAAAUUACUAUUGUCACAACAUUUGCUUACUCACUCCGUGGAGCGAAAUUACAACUGUGAACAAUGUGAAAGGUCUUUCAAAACAGCUAACCAUUUGAGACGUCAUAUUCGGACGGUUCACACGGAAGUUCGCUACGUAUGCGAACACUGUCAAAUGUCAUACGGGCGCCGUGACAAGCUACGGAUGCACAUGGAACGAGCACACGAUAUACAAACGUAUUUUGUGUGCGAAAUAUGCUGCACCUCAUUCGAGACAAAUGACAAACUUCAGGAACACAUGGAUCGCCAUGAAAAUCCAAUGGAGUUGGACUGCGGUGUUUGUUUGUUAUCGUGCAGCAAUGCGGAAGAAUUUAAUGACCAUCUUUGUAUCACAUAUCAGGAUGAUUACGUUUGCUGCAAUCGUGACUUUCGCUAUCACUCGUACUACAAUCGGCACAUGUUUCUGACACACGGAGUAAACAUAAAUGCUCGUGUUAAACCAAAGGCUGGAGUGCUCAUGGGAAAGCAAAGAGCAUUGCGGAAACCGGUCGAACGCUGUACCAAGUGCGAGCAAGUUUUCGCCACGCGAAAACUGAAAAAACAACACAUGGAUGUCUGUCAAGGGCAGAUAGUUAUUUUCGAAAUUGAACCCGUAGCCGAUGCCGCUGUUGGAAGUUGAAUAUAGGGAAUUGUUUUAUUUUUCAAUAUAUUGUAUAAUAAAUUUGACUGAUUGUUGUA